AUGAGAGCUGAUUAUGCUAAUUUUGGAGAUGUUGUUUACUUUGAUACAACCUACAGAAAAAACAAUGAAGGUCGACCAAUUGCGUUGUUUGUGGGUGUUAAUCAUCAUAAACAAUCGAUACUUUUUGGUGUUGCUUUAUUAUAUGAUGAAACUAGUUUGACUUUUGAGUGGUUGUUUAAUACAUUAACUAAAACUAUGGAUGAGAAAAAACCAACUACUAUUCUUACAGAUCAAGAUGCAACAAUGGUAAAGACAUUAGCUUCUAGAUGGCCUGAAACACAUCAUCGUUUGUGCAUUUGGCACAUUUAUCAAAAUACCGCCAUACAUUUGAGUGGAGUUUUUUCUCAGUUUAGAGACUUUGCUAAAGAUUUUGUCUCAUGUGUAUAUGAUUUUGAUGAAGAGGAAGAUUUUAUUUCAGCAUGGAACAUGAUGUCGGCCAAGUAUGCACUUGAAGACAAUAAUUGGUUGAGGCGCAUGUACAACAUAAAAGAAAAGUGGGCUUUAGUAUAUGGACGACAAAUGUUUUGUGCAGAUAUGACUACAACUCAAAGAAGUGAGAGCAUGAAUAGUAUUGUGAAAAAAUAUGUCACUUAUAAACACAAGUUUUUAGACUUCUUCAAUCACUUCCAAAGACUCCUUGAUGAUCAUCGAUAUGAGGAAUUAAAAGUUGAUUUCAGAUCAAGUACAAUUGUUCCAUAUUUAAUGUUUCCAAUUGAGAUUUUAAAGCAUGCUAGUGAAAUUUAUACUCCUGAGGAUGCUGAUACAUUUACAAAAUAUAAAGUUACUCCUCACAAAAAGAGACACCAUCAUAUAGUUACACUUGAUAAGAAGUCUGAAAAAAUUGAGUGUAGUUGCAAAAAAUAUGAAUUUGUUGGAAUUUUAUGUUCUCAUAUUCUGAAAAUAUUUACGUGGAAUAAUAUCAUGAAGAUCCCAAGUCAGUAUGUACUGAAAGGUGGACAAGAAAAGCAAAAAUUGGAUUUUUUUGGAGUUAAUGAUUCAAUGACCAACAAUGCUAGUUUGGAUCCAAAAGUACUUCAAAACAUGCGAUACAAAGAUUUGUGUGGGUUGAAUGUUCAGUUGGUUACCAAGGCAGCAGAAAGAAAUGACACUUACAAGGUUGUUAAAGAUGUUAUGUUGAGCUUGUGUAAGAUGGUGGAUGAUAAGUUACAAGUUAAUGAAUCUAAUAUCCAACAAUCAAAAGUGAGCCAAGAAUCUUGGGAAUUUGAUUAUGGUGAAGGAAACUCUACUGGAGUGAAAGGAAUUAAAACCAAGAAGAAAACAGUCUCAAGUAAAAGGUUGAAAGGUGGGUUAGAGAGGACUUCAAGGAAAAAAAAAGCAUCGAGCAAAACAAAUCAAGCUUCAACGAUUGGUGUAGAUCAAAUUAUUUCCAGCAUGACCAUCGUACAAUGUGACCGGAACAAUCAACAAUCUAUUAAUUUCUCAUCAAUUGAUAGCUCCGUUGAUAAUGUUAGUAUGACCGAGACUCAAUUCCCACCAUUAUUAGCAUCACAACUUUCUCAGUUAGUAGCAUUUGCCAUUGCUGCACUGAUUGCAAGUUGUAAGCUUCAAGUGCUUGAUCUUGAUCAUGUGCAUCUUUUCCUGUCAGUCAGCUCUGUUUAA